CGCAAGGCCCUCUGGCAAGCCGAACCCGAAUCUCAUCAGUGCUCAUCGCGAACAUCGCCUGUGAAAAUUGUGCGAAUCAAUUGGGGACUGCUGAAAAAUUACCUUUGUGUUUAAUUUAUUGAAAUAAACUCAUUCGUGUUUGUGGUUUAUAGUACAAUCGUGUGGAACUUUCAAUUUUAAGGAGUUCAAAACACAACGAACCAAUUGGAAGUGAUUUUAAUAUGAGUAAUGCGAUCCCAAAUGGAACGGGUCUAGAACAGCAGAUUGCUGGUCUGGACUUGAAGGAAAGUCGGGGACCUUCGGGACCGAAGCCUGACAUCUAUGUAAUCCCUCAUUUAAGAGAAAAGAAUUCUAAUUCUAAUUCUGGUGACUACGAGAGACCUUCUCAACAAUACGACCAACGUGAUCGAUACGAUAGAGGUGAUCGUGACUAUCGCGGUGGUCCAGAUUCACGAGAUUAUCGCAACGAUUCACGGGAUUAUAAGAAUUCAUCUGGAGGUGGAAAUCGUCGAAUUGGCACUAGUCGUGGUGGCGAUCGAGACAGGGAUUUUGGGAAUUUCAAGCGUCGCAACGACUAUCAGCCGCAGGAUAGCUAUCAGAACGGCGGUCCAAAUAAGUUCUAUGAACGCCGUGGCGAUGAUUGGGGCCGUGGUGGACGCGGUGGAGGAGGUGCACCACGUGGUGGGGGUGAGCCAAUGCGGGGGAACAACCGUUGGCCAGAUGCACCAGUGCGCGAGGGUCCAGGUGGAGGAGGAGGACAAGGAUACGGUGGAAAGUGGCGCGGAGGCGACAAUGGACGCUCCGGCCAUGAUGUUGAUUGCACCAUUCCCCUGCCAAAGGAUGAACAACUUGAGCAAGAGUUGUUCGGCACGGCAAACACCGGUAUUAAUUUUAACAAAUACGAAGACAUACCCGUGGAGGCGACGGGAAGCCAUGUGCCACCACAUAUCACAAGCUUCGAUGACAUCAAGCUGACAGAGAUCAUACAGAAUAAUAUAAAUUUGGCACGCUAUGACAAACCGACACCGGUGCAGAAACAUGCCAUUCCGAUUAUAUUGGAUGGACGUGAUUUGAUGGCUUGUGCCCAAACGGGUUCGGGCAAGACGGCGGCAUUUCUGGUGCCGAUCCUAAAUCAAAUGUAUGAACGUGGAUUGGGAACUCCGCCAAGUGGUGGCAAUCGUACGUACUAUAGACGCAAGCACUAUCCAUUGGGUCUUGUUUUGGCCCCAACACGUGAGCUGGCAACUCAGAUCUUUGAAGAGGCCAAAAAAUUCUCAUAUCGUGCGCGUAUGCGUCCAGCUGUCCUCUAUGGGGGCAACAAUACCAGUGAACAGAUGCAGGAACUAGACCGUGGAUGUCAUUUGAUUGUGGCAACACCAGGUCGAUUGGAAGAUAUGAUAACGCGUGGUAAGGUUGGAUUGGACAAUAUCCGAUUCCUUGUCCUCGAUGAGGCUGAUCGUAUGCUCGAUAUGGGCUUUGAGCCACAGAUCCGUCGUAUUGUGGAACAGAGCAAUAUGCCACCGACUGGUGAGCGUCAGACAUUGAUGUUCUCAGCCACAUUUCCCAAGGCUAUUCAGGAAUUGGCCAGUGAUUUUCUCCAUAAUUAUAUUUUUCUGGCUGUGGGACGUGUUGGAUCAACAUCUGAGAAUAUUACACAGUCAAUUCUGUGGGUGAAUGAAUCUGAUAAGAGAUCAUAUCUCCUGGAUUUGCUCAGUUCAUUCAAAGAUGGCCCUGAAUGGUCAAAGGAUAGUUUGACGUUGAUAUUUGUGGAGACGAAAAAAGGUGCUGAUGCCCUUGAAGAUUUUCUCCAUAGAUACGAUCAUCCUGUAACGAGUAUUCAUGGUGAUCGUACACAGCGUGAACGUGAAGAUGCCCUCAGGUAUUUCCGUUCUGGAACAUGUCCCGUUCUUGUGGCAACAGCUGUGGCGGCACGUGGUCUGGACAUUCCGCACGUAAAGCAUGUCAUUAACUUUGAUUUGCCAUCCGAUGUGGAGGAAUAUGUGCACCGUAUUGGACGUACGGGUCGUAUGGGAAAUUUGGGUGUUGCCACUAGUUUCUUCAAUGACAAAAAUCGCAAUAUUUGUGCUGAUUUGGUGGAGUUACUGGUGGAAACCAAGCAGGAUGUUCCUGAUUUCCUCGAGGAGAUUAUCUCACAGGAGCGUUCUGGAGGACGUCGCGGAGGUGGAGGUGGUGGUGGUGGCGGUCGUUCGCGCUAUGGAGGAAAUUCCUUCACAUCGCGCGAUUUCCGCACACAAUCUGGCGGUGGCAAUCGUGGAUCGUCCAAUAGAAACACUGGAGGCUCUCGUGGAGGUCCAGGAGGUGGAUAUGGAUCCUAUUAUGGAAAUGGAGGCGGAGGCGGAGGUGGAAAUUAUGGUGGAAGCUAUGGAAAUUCGUAUUCCAAUAACUCUGGUCCCGACUGGUGGGGUGAUUAAACAUUUCCACACGUUUUUGAACGAAACAUAGACCCAGAAAAGAAAAAAAAGAGAGAGAGAGAUUUAGGAAAAAAUAUUUUACAAUUUAAUUGCAACAACAGAGGAAAAUCUCUUUAUUUACUCCCUCGACCACACUUGAAUUGUAAUAACACAACUAACUUUUUUUCUGUCGUCGUGUGUAUAAAAAAAACAACAACAAAAAGGUUUAGAAAAAGCAAAUUAAAAUAAAAAAAAUUAUUGUAUAAAUAAAAAUUUUACUGCAAGAAAAAGCUCCAAGAUAGUAAACUUAAAAUUAAUAAAUAAAAAAAAAA